AUGGGCCCCGUAUUCCCAAAGUUUGUUCGCUGUAAGCUAUCACUGGCGGCAUAUCUUUAUGAUGAGUCUGCGGUGGUGUCACUGGUCGCUCGGGGUGUGGGUGUGAAUACUAAUGACAAAUGGCUCGGACCACCGCCGAAUGCAGCAGUGUUUGGUGGACACUUGUCUAUUGUUAAUUUGUUACUGGGUCUCAAGGCUGAUCCAAACAUCCCCAAUGGCCUAGACACCAUUGAAGAUAGUGACAUGAAGGGAGGAUCACCAAUUAUGCGGUUACUUCUCCAAAAUGAUGAGGUUAACCCUAACAAGACCACAUUCUGUUCAGACAGAAAUGCCAUGAUCAUGGUUUAUCAUCCAGGGUCGUCUCCUUUGGAAGCUGCUCUCCUUAGCCCAGAACACGACAGGAUGGCUGAAUUGCUCCUGCAACAAAAAGAUGCUUUAUACACUAUCACAGACGAGGUCUUACUUACAGCAUCACCACGCAGUCGUCCGCCUCCUUUCCCAACAUUGCGAUAUAAAAUCAAACGUGGAAUAUACCGAGGCCAAACACCCUUCCACGCAGUCAUUUUCAACGGCCACCAAUCAAUCGUCGAGUUACUACUCGAGUACAAGGCUGCUUAUCGCAACAGCAAGGACGGCUACCACCGCACCCCACUCUUAGCAGCUGUCUGGCGCGGCCGCGCCAAAAUAGCAUGCUUAAUUCUCCAGCAACCAGGUAUUGAUAUCACGUGGAUAGAUUGUCAAGGUUGCACAGCAGCUUCCUACUCCGCGCAAAGAGGGUAUCUGGGUAUUCUUAAGGCACACACGGUGCUUGAAAAUGUAGAUAAGCAUGGCCGGACACUUCUGAUAUGGGCUGCGAGGAAUGAAUAUACCUCCUUCUAA